AUGGCUUUCACGGUCGUGCUCACGGCACUCGCCCUCUCCGUGGCCUCCCUCAUCUGCUCAGUAUACUUCCUCCAGCAUGUAGGAGAGACUGCUGCCAGCCCUAUCUUAAUCGCCUGGGUCACGCUCUCUGCGGCGAUCUCGUACGUCCUGCUGUGCUUCACCAUCAUCACCUACAUUCGCCAGCGCUUGCCCCAGCAACCACGCAAAGACGUCGAGAGCCCACACUACCGCAUCUCGCGCCGUUCCAUCGACACAGACACGGAUGAUACAAUCACGCCAGAGGAAGUGAACGCAGUCAAUCAGCACCAUAGUGCUAGCACUUUCUACUACUGCAAUUCGAGCUUCGCGGCAAUUCAUCUCAACUCAGCACUCUCCACACCACGCACACCACAGACUGUCAUCCGCCAUCCGCAGCGCCACAGCUCAUUGCUACCCCCUGCCCCCGUGACUCACCCAUUCCCAUCCCCUCAGCUGUCGACGAAGCUGUGCAAGGUCUCGAAGCUCAAUCUAUCGUCCAUGCGGGCGGUCGUGGUGAAUGUGCCGUCCAGCACGUCUAGGAAGGGGAGGAAGGAGGGUGCGAGGAAGGAGAGUCUUGACAAGAUUCGGAGGGCGACGUCGAGGCGAAUCGGGACCGUGCCGGCAGCAGUAGGGGAGGCGAAAGCCUGA